AUGUCGGACAGUCGGAGCCCCGAUACACAGCCUUCAGCUUCAAACUGCGAAGUGAUUGAGGGUCUCAAUUUAUUGAAUCGAGGAAGUAUAAAUAGAAUGGAUUGGACCAAGGUACAGAAAAUUUCGAAUAUUUCUCACCCACGAUACAUCUACUUCUUACGGCCGAUGACGAGCAAUCCUGACGUCUUGAUCAUUGGCGCCGGUCCGUCCGGUCUUGUUACAGCAUUGUGGCUAGCCACGCACGGGAUCUCUAUUCGCAUCAUCGACAAAGCAAAGGCGGAUGUUUCGACCUCCCGGGCACUAGCCAUUCAGGCACGGACACUGGAACUAUACCGCCAGCUCGAUAUCGCUGAAGAGGUUGUUGCGAAUGGGCACAAAGUCAGAGCAACGAAUAUCUGGUCGGAGGGCACAUAUCGGGGACAUAUUCCCAUCGGCGAUAUUGGCACAGGGCUUACGCCGUACCCGUUCAUCCAUAUCUUUUCGCAGGAUCAACACGAGAGGCUGCUCGAGAACCGCCUAGCGUCGUUUGGCGUCCAUGUCGAGCGAGGUCUGGAAUUCAUAGGAUUCACAGAAAACGACUCCUCCAUAACAGCUCGGUUGAAAUCCACUGACCACGAAAAUGAUAUAGAAACAUGCGAAGCGGCCUUCAUUGUCGGCUGUGACGGACCGCAUUCAACCGUUCGUCAUGCCGCCGGAAUUGAUUAUGACGGUGCAACGUACUCCCAUACAUUUUUUGUUGCCGAUAUUGAGGGAGCCGGGCCAACUUUCAACGGCGAAGCGCACGUUAGCUUCAAUGAGUCCGAGUUUAUGUUGCUGUUCCCAUAUGAUGAUGACCAUCGGGCCCGCAUUUCGGGGGCUAUUGAUGACGAAACAGCAGAGAGAAAAGGUACUGAUAUCAGCUUCGAGGACAUCGCUCCACAGAUAAAGCGGUCAUUCAAGAUGCAGAUCGACAAGAUGAACUGGUUCUCCACUUAUCGGAGCCAUCAUCGCGUAGCGGCGUCGUUCGCCAAAGGCAGAGUAUUCCUGGUUGGGGACGCUGCGCAUAUCCAUAGCCCAGUCGGAGGACAGGGCAUGAACACUGGAAUAGGAGAUGCAAUCAAUCUUGCCUGGAAGUUAUCAGCGGUUGUUAAGAAACAAGCUGGUUUAUCGUUGCUUCAAAGCUAUGAGACAGAGCGCCGCGCUUUUGCGCUUCAAUUGGUCAGCACGACAGACAAAGGCUUCAAUGCUGCCAUCUCACAGAGCUUUCUGGCUCGAACCGUGCGGACUCAUGUUGUGCCUUAUAUUGCUCCUUUGCUCGCCAAAAUCGAGUACGUCAGGCACUACGUGUUUCGGAGAGUGUCCCAGAUCAUGCUCGGUUAUCCACACAGCAGCUUAUCUACUGGGAGCGCUGGGUACGUUCACGGAGGUAGUCGGAUGCCAUGGGCAGUUGCUGGCGACAUCGACAAUUUUGAGACCCUGAAAUCGAUCACCUGGCAGGUCCAUGUAUACGGGAUCGCGAAGUCGGAAUUGACAGAGUGGUGCCAGAGCAGGAAGAUUCCUUUGCACGUCUUUCCAUGGCAUGGCCAGUACGAAGCGGUCGGAUUAAUGGCCGAUGCAGCAUACUUGAUCAGGCCGGAUACCUAUGUUGCUGUUGCAGAGCCCUCGGGCGAUUCUCAGAUUUUCGAUCAGUACUGUGAAGAUAUUGGACUCCGAUGGGUUUGA